CCCGCUGACCGCUGGUUUGAUCUCUCCACAGAUCCUGCUGCAGAACGGCACUCUGGGAAACACAGUGGACGAGACCGAGGGUUUGAUCAAACGCCACGAAGCUUUUGAGAAGCUGCUCAGCUCGCAGGAGGACAAGCUUUCCUCUCUGAAGGAUCUGUCUGAGCGGUUGAGGAAGCUGUUGAGCAGCGAGAAAAGCCGAUUGGUCCAAGCCAAACUCAAAGCCCUCCUCCAGCGGCGGGACAGGAUCAGGGAGCUGUCCGUCAAACGCAGGGAGGAGCUGGAGCUCUCCAGGAUGCUGUGCAUCUUCAACCGAGACGUUGCGGAGGCCGAGGAGUGGGCGUCUGAGCGGAGGCAGAAAAUGGCGGAGGACGGGAAAGCCGACCUCAGCACUCUUCAGGCCAAGAUGAAGCUUCUCCAGAAACAUCAGGUGUUUGAGGCCGAGAUCCUGGCGCACAGAGAGACCAUCAGCUCCGUGCUGCGGGCUGGAGAGGAGCUGGUUUCCCUUCGACACCCCAGGUCCAAGGAGGUGAAGAGGAGCAGCGCCGCCCUACAGCGCCACUGGGAGGAGCUGAAGGAGGCCCUGGCCACCCGGGGGAAAGAUCUGGAAGACAACAGAGACUUCCUGGAGUUCCUGCAGAAAGUGGAAGAGGUGGAGGCCUGGAUCAGACAUAAGGUAGGAGACGGGGGAGGAGACAAACG